AGGCAAGCAAGAGGCCUGUUCUCCAUUUUAAUCAGAAAGCAUGCAGAAGCCAUCUAGCUGAAUGCCACUUUAACCACUGUAAUUAAGUGUUCUUCUGAUUAAGGUAUUAAACGUUUUCAGUAAAUUGUUUCACAGACUACAACCUAAAUGAUUUUUAAAUGCUAGACACAAGCUUAAAACAGGCUGAAGUCCUCACAAAUGCUUUCUGAAGGCCAGGCAUUUGCAAUGUAACAGAGACGGCUUGAUAUUUAGUAUUCCUAGAUAUUCAGGAAUAUUAAAGCAUCACUGUAAAGGGACUGAGGAUUUUUAAAAGGUAGCUUUUUUUUCUUCAAUAUAGACUUCUAAGAAUGCUAGAGGCAGAAGAUAAGGAAGAGCACUAUGCGUGUGUAUUUAUUAUUUCUGACUCUUCGGUAUGGACAAAAAAGAUAUCCGAACUGAAAAUUUCUAGCAGCUCAUGCAUAAUGAUUGGAAGUAAAGUAUCCUUCAAACUACCAAUUCAACUUAUUGAUGAGACGGGAAAGCAGGUUAUCCUGGGGGAACAGGAAUAUGAAGGUGCAUUGCUUUUUCAUUCUACUGACUUUGGACUUUGUAAAGAAAAGGAGAACCAGUACUGCAAAUUUAUAAAUGAGAACAAACACAAGCCUGCCACUCAGAUUUUGGACUCUUUGGUGAAGCAAGGAAACAAUGUUGACCGUGUAAAAGACGUUUGCGGACAAUUACCAAGAACAUGGAACACUUUCAAUGAGGAAACAUUCUCAAUUCCAAAUAAAAGACAAAAGAUUGGUGGUAAGAAAGAUGAUGGUCUGCCAGAUAUUCCUGAUACAAACCAUACCUUGUCCACUGCCCCUGUGGCACCUGUUCAACUGAACACCGUGUGGAGCCCUCCCUCGCUAAAUGUAAAAUAUGAGCAAGCUGCUGAAAAUAGUUUUCUCAGCUUUACAAUAAAUGAUGAAGACAUGUCACCUCAGACCCCGCCGGAGGAAAACGCAGAUCAAAGGCAUGAUGAAAAUCCCUUUGCAGUGUUGGAAAAAUUGAUUAAAGAGAACCAUGAGCUCCGAAAAGAAAAUGCCCACCUCAAGCAGAUGCUCCAGGCUGCUCAGAAUGCAGUGCCUUUUCCGGGCCUUACUCAAGAGACCCGACGGUCAGCUGCUUGCUACCUGAGGAUGGUUCUGGAACACUUAGAAGAGGCGCCAAGUUCGAGUCCUCCCUUGCUACAUGAGGAUGAUUCCAGAACACUUAGAAGAGGCGCCACAUUCGAGUCCUCCCAGCCAUCAGGAAGCAAAAGGACACCCCACAGUGAGCUGAAGGUAUUCCAGGAAAGGUAUAUGAUGCCUUUGAUUGUGGACCCCAAUGAUCCUGACAGAUAUGCCGACGUCUUAGUAGAAUCGAACAAGCUUCACAAUGUGUUGAAAAAGGCAAGGGAGCAGAAGACCCAGCAGGGAGGCUGUUUGCUCAAUGGAAUCAUAGAUCUGGUAUUCAGCCCACAGGAACUGGCAGAGUCUCAUGGGCUGGGCCUAAAAGGGAAAGACAAAGAGGAGAAAGCCCUGGAUAAAAUCAAAGUGUCAGCCUGUGAAGCUUUUCUUAGGCAAACUUGCUUUGAAGAAGGCUGGAGGGAGCCUGGUCAGGUUGAGUUCAGGAAGAAAUUCACUGCUAAAAUUUGUAACGCAAGAAGGGACCUCAAAAACUCACUGCAGAAAUCCUCAUGAAAACAUUGCUAAAAUACUCCAGGAUUUUUUUCCUUGGAAUUAAUAGUUGUAUUUCACAGCAGAGAUAAGACUAAAAACUAGCUAAACCAGCAGAAUUUGAAGGGCUAAUGUGAAUGCUGGAUUUCUUUUUAAUGUAAUUCAUUGAUUUGUUUUCUUUAUUUUUGUUACUGUUGAUAGUUCUUUAUCCUCAUUUGUAUUAUUAAACAAACCCAUAUGGUACAUACAAGUAUACAGUAUAUAAUCAUUAAAAUCUGUCAGGAGUUUGUAGCAUCGUG